CGGAGCAGCCGCGAUGGACGCCCCAGGCACGGCGGCGGAGCGGCGGCGGCCGCGGCGGCGGCAGGGGCAGCUGCUGCGAGGGCAGCGCUGCGCGCUGUGCGCGCUGUGCGCGCUGGCCCUGCUGCUGGCCAGCUGCGCGGCCGGCCGCGGCGGUUACGAUGCCCUGAGCUAUUCUGUGGGAAAUGGUGACAAGUGGAGUGGGCGACAACUCCUGCAAGCACGUGAGAAGAACGUGACUGACUUUCCAGAGGAUGGAGGGCAGCUCUACAUCAGAAACUGCACUGAACCAGCUCUCCAUGAAUUCCCCAAUGACAUCUUCACGAAUGAGGACAGGAGACAUGGAGCUGUCGUCCUGCACAUCCUCUGUGCUGUGUACAUGUUCUACGCAUUGGCAAUUGUCUGCGAUGACUUCUUCGUCCCUUCACUGGAAAAGAUCUGUGAACGCUUGCAUCUCAGCGAAGAUGUGGCUGGGGCAACUUUCAUGGCAGCAGGAAGCUCUGCUCCCGAGCUGUUCACAUCUGUCAUAGGUGUUUUUAUCACAAAAGGAGACGUAGGCGUUGGAACCAUUGUGGGCUCGGCUGUAUUCAACAUCCUCUGUAUUAUUGGGAUGUGUGGGCUUUUUGCAGGACAGGUUGUUGCACUGUCGUCAUGGAGUCUCUUGAGAGAUUCAAUCUACUACACGCUCUCUGUUGUUGCACUCAUUGUGUUUAUUUAUGAUGAAAGAGUUUCCUGGUGGGAGUCCUUAGUCUUAGUGCUGAUGUAUGUCAUCUACAUCUUUAUAAUGAAGUACAACUCAACCAUACAUCACUUCUUUGAGAGGAAGACAAAAAGCCCUGCAAAUAUGGUUAAUGGUUUAGCAAGUAACACAGAAAUGGAUGACAACAGCAACUGUGAUGCCACAGUGGUGUUACUAAAGAAAGGAAAUUUCCACCGUAAAGCCUCUGUGAUCAUGGUUGAUGAGCUGCUCUCUGCCUACCCACACCAGCUUUCAUUUUCCGAGGCUGGGCUCCGGAUCAUGAUAACCAGCCAUUUCCCUCCCAAAACACGUCUCUCCAUGGCCAGCCGCAUGUUAAUCAAUGAGAGACAGAGGCUGAUCAACAGCAGGACUUACACCAACGGUGAGUCAGAAGUAGCAAUCAAAAUACCCAUCAAGCACGUGGUGGAGAAUGGAACAGGCCCCAGCAAUUCUGCUGAGCGUGGUGUGAGCGGCACACAGCGGGAUGAGGACGUGGCUGAGGCUAGGAAUGAGAAUGAGAAUGAGGAUAACAAGAACAAUGAAAACGAUGAGGAAGAAGAAGAUGAUGAUGAUGAUGAUGACGAUGACCAUGAAGGGCCAUACACACCUUUUGACCUACCCACUGGCAAGAUAGAAAUGUUGAAGUGGGUCUUCACAUGGCCCUUGAAUUUUGUCCUGUACUUCACAGUGCCCAAUUGUAACAAACCCCACUUGGAAAAAUGGUUCAUGGUCACCUUUGCUUCUUCUACCCUGUGGAUUGCAGCUUUUUCUUACAUGAUGGUGUGGAUGGUGACAAUCAUUGGGUACACUCUGGGAAUUCCAGACGUAAUCAUGGGCAUCACUUUCUUGGCAGCAGGAACCAGCGUGCCAGACUGCAUGGCCAGCCUUAUUGUGGCCAGGCAAGGUAUGGGGGAUAUGGCCGUGUCCAACUCCAUCGGAAGCAAUGUUUUUGAUAUUUUAAUCGGCCUAGGCCUUCCAUGGGCUUUGCAGACCCUAGCAGUGAAUUAUGGAUCAUACAUUCGGUUAAACAGCAGAGGACUUAUAUAUUCUGUUGGUCUCUUGCUGGCAUCAGUUUUUGUCACAGAGAUCAAGGCAUACAGUGGAGUCUUCUAAGGGAAGAUGUCAUCUUUGACAAUGAGAACCUGUUGUGUGGAUAAAAGAGGAAGUUUCUUUAAGCUCAUUGACACAAUUGCCUCAGAAAUCGGAGAACUGAAACAGGAGAUGGUACAGACAGAUCUCACAGUGGAAGAUGAAUGUGCUGAUUGGCGAAGUCUAAUAGUGGAUAUGGAUAAUGUCUCGCCUGAGAAAAAUGACGUAAAAUGCUGCCCCCGGGACUCUGGAUAUGACAGCCUAUCCAACAAGCUAAGCAUAUUGGACAAACUCCUCCAUACUCACCCUGUGUGGCUGCAGCUUGGUCUGAAUGAUGCUGAAGCCAUGGAAAUUUUGCAGACACAGCCUCCUGGGAUAUUUCUGGUUAGGAAAUCUGCAACACUGCAGAAGAAAGUUAUCUCUCUGCGUCUGUCCAGUGAUUCUGGGUCCUGCCUGAAAGAAUUUGCCAUAAAAGAAAGUACAUACACAUUUUCCUUGGAGGGGUCUGGAAUAAGUUUUGCUGAUUUGUUCAGACUCAUUGCUUUCUACUGUAUAAGCAGAGAUGUCCUUCCAUUCACACUGAAGUUGCCUCAUGCAAUUGCUGCAGCAAAGACAGAAGGUGAACUUGAAGAGGUUGCUCAGCUUGGACUGAACUUUUGGAGCUCCCUGGCUAGCAGCAAACCCCCAGAUCCUUCACUUCCCUGUAGGCCUGUGCCUUUGGACAGUGCUCACAAAGACUCACGCCAGCUCUGCCUUAUAAAUGGAGUGCAUUCUAUACAAACCAGAACGCCUUCAGAGUUGGAGUGCAGCCAGACCAACGGAGCGCUGUGUUUCAUUAAUCCUCUCUUCUUAAAAGUGCACAGCCAGGAUGUCAGUGGAAGUCUGAAAAGGCAGACCCUGAGAACUCCAGACGUGAAUGGCAGAGCGAGGCCUUGCUCCCCUCCGCCCCGGCCACCACCUCCUGCUAUUAAUAGCACCCUCAUGAGCCCACAGAUUUCCAGGACUAUAAAGCAGACGAGCAUGCCAGAAACAGUCAGCCAUAAGAAGGAGAGGGGCUUGGAUUUGCUGCAGAACAAGCCCACCCCGAUUCCGCCUCCUCGGCUGAAGAAGCAGGCUGUGUGCCCCGAGGCAGACAGUGCCUCCAGGAGUGUGGCAACAGUUCGGCCUGACUCUGCGUGUGUGCCGGAGGCAGCUGCGGUUCCACAUGAAACCCUGCCCGAGCCGGCUCCAGCAGCUCCCAAAAAGACGCCGGCUGCCAUCUCUGAGUCACACAUCCCGUGGAAUAGAGGCCAGCAGAGACUGAGCGACAUGAGCAUUUCCACCUCCUCAUCUGACUCUCUGGACUUCGAUCGGAGCAUGCCGCUCUUUGGCUAUGAGGGGGACACCAACAGCAGCCUGGAGGAUUUUGAGGGGGAAAGUGACCAGGAGAGCAUGGCACCCCCUUUGAAGCCCAAGAAAAAAAGAAGUAGUUCGUUUGUUCUCCCCAAGAUUGUGAAAUCUCAGCUACGGAAAGUCAGUGGAGUUUUCAGUUCUUUCAUGACCCCUGAGAAGAGGAUGAUUAAGAAAAUUGCAGAGAUGUCACGGGACAAACGCACCUAUUUUGGAUGCUUAGUACAGGACUAUGUCAGUUUUCUCCAAGAAAACAAGGAGUGCCAUGUUUCGAGCACUGAUAUGCUGCAAACAAUUCGUCAGUUCAUGACCCAAGUCAAGAACUACUUGUCCCAGAGCUCUGAACUUGAUCCCCCAAUCGAAUCACUGAUUCCUGAAGACCAAAUAGAUGUUGUGCUGGAGAAGGCCAUGCAUAAGUGCAUUCUGAAGCCGUUGAAGGGUCACAUUGAAGCGAUGUUGAAAGAGUUUCAUACCACAGAUGGUUCCUGGAAACAACUGAAGGAAAACCUGCAGCUGGUGCGGCAGAGGAAUCCUCAGGAACUGGGCGUGUUUGUUCCAACACCAGACUUUGUGGACCUUGAAAAGAUUAAAGUCAAGUUCAUGACUAUGCGGAAGAUGUAUUCACCUGAAAAGAAAGUCAUGCUGUUGCUGAGAGUUUGCAAAUUGAUAUACACUGUUAUGGAGAAUAACUCAGGGAGGCUGUAUGGAGCUGAUGACUUCUUGCCUGUGUUGACAUAUGUGCUAGCCCAAUGUGAUAUGCUGGAGCUGGAUACCGAAAUCGAAUAUAUGAUGGAGUUGUUGGAUCCAUCCUUGCUGCAUGGAGAAGGAGGCUAUUACUUGACAAGCGCUUAUGGAGCACUUUCACUGAUCAAGAACUUCCAGGAAGAACAAGCUGCCCAGCUGCUCAGUUCAGAGGCCAGAGAUACUCUCCGGCAGUGGCACAAGAGGAGGACAACAAACAGGACAAUACCUUCAGUUGAUGAUUUUCAGAACUACCUUCGUGUUGCAUUCCAGGAAGUUACCAGCGGCUGUACAGGAAAGACUUUGCUAGUACGGCCAUAUAUCACUACUGAAGAUGUAUGUCAGCUUUGUGCUGAGAAGUUUAAAGUGGCAAAUCCAGAAGAAUACAGGCUGUUUCUUUUUGUUGAUGACACCUGGCAACAACUGACAGAGGAUACCUACCCUCAGAAGAUCAAGGCUGAAUUGCACAGCCGUCCGCAGCCCCAGGUCUUUCACUUUGUCUACAAGCGUGUUAACAGUGACCCAUAUGGGGCAAUUCUUCAGAACAGCAAUAAUUCAGCUGCUUAAAACCAGCAGCCUGUCAUUUUUAUAUAUCUGUUCCUUGGUAAUUGUUACAAACAUCUUUGUUGGCUGCCUUCCUUAGGAGCUAAAACAUGUUAAACCGUAAGUGCCUGGCAAAAUAUGUGCUGACAUUUCUGGUACUGCUUACAGGAUCCAGGGGCACUGUGCACGUGGCCAGUUAUGCAGAAUAUAUCCACCAGCAUGUCUGAGGAGACAACCUAUGAGGUUGCAUUUCUUGUACCAUGGACUAUUUUUUAGCAUAUUCUACUGCAGCCUUUCACAGGUCUUGGCUGUAGUGUGCAAAAUACGAUUUUCUUCCACUCCUUGUUUCCCCAGCUGUCAUUUGCAUUUGAAUCUGUGCAUCUGUGAACUGGGCGGGGUGAGUUCAGUUUCACCAGCAGGAGUUUGACAAGACUCUCCGAUGCAGGGCAUCAGUUCACUCAGCAUUACCUGGAUGGUUGCAUCCUUGUCUAAUAUUUUUGAUUACAGAAAAUCAUCAUGUUUAUAUAUAUAUAUAUAUAUAUAUAUAGAUAUAGAUAUUUUAUAGCAGUUGCAGGUAAACUGUCAGGCUGGUUUUUGAAAUAUUUUUUUAACUAAAAUGUUCUAUAAUUAUGCAUGUGAUUUUUAACAUUUAAUACACAAGAAUAAAUCUCUUGCUGGUUUUAGAGUCUUGCA